GCCAAUGAAUCGAUAUGCUGUUUCUUCGCGCCUUAUUUCAAAAGUUAAACUAUAUGUCAAGAUCAUCAACCAUCCAAAGAAAUUUUGUCCCAAUUCUUCUCAUAAAGCCCUUCAAAUCUUUGUUGCGCUUUGCAAAAUACUCUACAUUAAGUGCUCCCAGUUGUAAUUCAGUCCUGCAUUAUCGCAUAAAAAACGGAAAACUCGAUGAAGCAAGAGCAAUUUUUGAUAAAAUUAUAACACCAGAUGUGUACUUAUGCACUAGGAUGUUAUCUGGGUAUUUGGAAAAUCGUAGAUUCGAUGAAGCAUUGGAACUGUUUGAUGAAAUCCCUGUGAAAGACAUAGUAACAUGGAAUUUAAUGAUGAAGGGGUGUUUCGAUUGUGGGGAAGUUGAGAUGGGUUUGACACUGUUUGAUGCAAUGCCUGAGAGGAAUGUGAUUUCCUGGACUACUUCGAUGAGCGGAUUGUUAAAAGUUGGACUAGUUGAAGAGGCUGAGAGGUUGUUUUUGGGGAUGCCUGUGAGGGAUGUAGCAGCAUGGAAUGCAAUGAUCUAUGGGUAUUUUGCAAAUGGAAGAGUGGACGAUGCGAUGAAGUUAUUCAAUAUGAUGCCUUCUAGGAAUGUCAUAUCAUGGACCUCGAUGAUUAGUGGGCUUGAUCAGCAUGGGAGGACUGAUGAGGCUCUGUUGAUGUUUGCAAAGAUGGUGGGGUUUGGGAUUGUGCCCUCUUCCAGUACUUUUUCCAGCGUAAUUACAGCUUGUGCAAAUAUGUUAGACUUAUAUCUAGGUGUUCAAGUGCAUGGGUACAUAUUGAAGUUGGGAUGCCUUUUGGAUGCAUAUGUCAGUGCUUCUCUUGUCACUUUUUAUGCUAAUUGCAAGAAAAUGGAUGAUUCUCUUAAAGUAUUUAAUGAGAAGCUGCACAUGAAUGUAGCUGUAUGGACAUCCCUUUUGACGGGAUAUGGUAUGAACAGCAUGUAUGAAGAGGCAUUGAAUGUUGUGGUGUCCAUGUACAGAAAUGGGGUUCUUCCAAAUCAAUCUUCUUUAACAAGUGCUUUAAAUUGUUGUUCUGAAAUGGAAGAUGUUGAUCAGGGUAAAGAAAUGCAUGGUGCAGCAGUCAAGCUUGGAUUGAACACUGAUGCUUUUGUGGGUAAUUCUCUAGCUGUAUUGUAUUCUAAAUGUGGAAAUUUAAAGGACGGGAUAGUCAUAUUCAAGGAGAUUUCAGACAAAAACAUAGUAUCAUGGAAUACCAUUAUUGUUGGAUGCGCACAACACGGAUGUGGUAAGUGGGCACUCACCUUUUUUGGCCAAAUGGUACGUGCACGAGUGUGCCCUGAUGAUAUUACAUUCACAGGUUUGCUCUCAGCUUGUAGCCAUAGUGGUAUGCUUCAGAAAGGAAGAUAUUUCUUUGAUUAUCUACGGCAACACAAAACCAUGGAGGUGAAGCUUGAGCACUAUGCUUGUAUGUUGGAUGUACUCUGCCGGUGUGGAGAAUUGGAAGAAGCAGAGAAUUUGAUAAGAAACAUGCCCAUGAGACCAAAUUUGUCAAUGUGGCUUUCUCUCCUAAAUGGUUGCAGGAAAGAUUGUAAUUUAGAUUUAGCUGAAAGAGUCGCAAAAGAUGUUUUCUCUUUAGAUCCAGAUUGUAGCUCUGCUUAUGUAUUGUUGUCCAACAUGUAUGCUUAUGCUGGUAGAUGGGAGGAUGUUGCAAGAACUAGGGUGCAAAUGAAAAAAAGGAGAACGAUUAAACAGCCUGGAUGCAGUUGGGUGACUCAAAAAGGUGUGCGACACAUAUUUGUGUCUGGUGAUAAGUCACAUCCUCUGAGCAGCAAAAUAUAUCAAAAGUUAGAGUGGUUAGGGGAAAAGUUGAAGGAGUAUGGGUAUGUCCCUGAUCGAAGGUUGGCUUUACAUGAUGUGGAGGAUGAACAAAAAGAAUCAAUCUUGUCAUAUCAUAGUGAGAGGCUUGCUAUUUGCUUUGCACUCAUUGACAGUGAGGAGAGAAGUGCUAUAACAGUAAUGAAGAAUCUACGUGUGUGUGAGGAUUGCCACUCUGCCAUCAAGGUAAUAGCAAUAAUUGCUAAUCGUGAAAUCAUUCUUCGAGAUUCUACUCGCUUUCAUCAUUUCAGGGAUGGGUUAUGUUCCUGCAGGGACUACUGGUAGUAUGAUCAAGACAAGAUUAAGCUCCUCUCCAUACAAAUUACCUCCAGUUCUCCUAAGUAUAGGCUUUCAUUGUUGUUGACAUGUGUACUUUGCCAAUAUCAAUAGCUUAUGUGAUUUUUGGUUGGCCCUGAUAGUUAACUUUGGUUGGGUAGCUGUGGUUAAGGUUGCUUAGUAAAGUCUCCAUCUCUCCACGAUUAUCAUAUCACUGAAAAGCAUAUCAAAAUCCAAUUAGCUGAAGAUCAAUAGCAUCCUUUGACAUUUCCAUCCUAUUUUAAUACAUAAUUGAUUGGAAAAUGUGGAGGAAGACAGAUUGGCUUUUGGCCCUAAACUUUCACGUCUGACUAAAAAGCCAAGGUCACACAGGAUAAGAAGAAGAAGACAAAGAAGGAGAAAAAUAUGUCUCAAUUGAUUUCACCAAUAUAACAGGUAUAUCUCUUAUUUGUAGAAAGUUUAUUUGUUGUGGGCUUGUAAUUCAAAUGAAGAAGAAAAUAAGAUAGAAGAAUUUGAGGAUAGC